AUGGAUCUGGACCUCGCGAACGUCGCCGAUGCAGCAUCAUGGAUAACGCUAGCGAGAGGCAGAAACGGACGGACAACGCUGGGACCUGCACGACAAGGCAUGUCACAAAUGUUACAUAGCUGUUUGCACAAAGCAGCAACUCAAGAACAGAUCUACGACUUUGGGAUCGAGAAUUUUAAACGAUUCCUUCUCGGCAUAAAGUAG